UAUUUCCCCGAUAAAGCUGCUAGUACCAGGUGAACUCAUAUUGGCCAAAGUAGAAGAGAAGAAAAUGGUAGAGAGAUUUAAAAAUAAUUUUAAUAAAAAUAAUUAUUAUAUAAUAAUGCUCAAAUAUAAUUAUUUAUAACAACAAUAAUAAUCAUUGGUCGAGCAACCUCGAAACUCGAAAUCCAACUCGUAACUGGUCAUCCUAAGGGGGUUCUCGUGCCUAACUUUAAAUUGAAUAUGGUCAAACUUAGUCAAACACGUUCGAAUCUGUAAGUUUUAACUACUUAUUAAAGUAAAUCGAGUUAACUAAACUGUUCCUCUCUAUCUUUUCAACAAAUGCUUCUUAUCUCUAAUUUUCAAUGCAAAUUCGGGUCAACUAAGAGAUAUCGAUUUGACGAGGCGAACAUUGACAAACUUGCUCUCUUAGUCAAACGGUCAACUCCAAACAACUUCUACACUAAUAUAGAUAUAAGAAAAAAUUAAUAAUAUUAAUUAUUAUGUAAUUAUAAUCUAAUUAAAAAUUCAUAAUUCCCCUCCUCCUCCUUCCCCCUCCCUUCCUUCCUUUCCUUGCACCCCAAUUUGGGGGGUAAGCCGAAACAGUGAAUUUACGCUCACGUUUUGCACCCCCCUACUGUUACAAAAUAACCAAACGGGGGUAAACACCUUGGAACUUGUGUUUACCCCUCCAAACUUGCACCCCCUUCCAUUUGCACCCCUUCCCAAACAUAGUGUAAGGGUGGCAACUUGGAAAGACAUGCCACGUUGGCAGAUUUGGGCCUGGGCCACGGACUCUUUUACCGAAUCAUAAUUGUGGCCCAACCAUUUUUGAGCCAGGAAGAACUGGGCUUGGCCUUUGAGAUUAUCACACUAAAUAAAAGAAAGAAAAAAAUAUAUUAGUAUGAACUCUUGAGCUAGACAAAAUAUUAGUCAAAAUUUUAAAAAUAAAACAUACUAAUCAAACAUUUUUUUUUAUAAAUUUUUAAAAUUUAGUUGUUGAUAUGUUACUGUUAACGACGCUCCACAUCAACUAACACGUCAAAUUUACUAGCCAACUCUUUCAGUUUUGAAAAAAUAUUAGACAACAUAUUGGACAAAAAUAUUGGACAAAAUAUUAGUUGAACCUCAUCCGCAAUCAAUUUUCAGAGUAUAUAAGACUUACGCACUCUUACGUGUAUCCAUCUCAAUCGUGCAAUCCAUUGGCAUUAAGAUAUGUCAUAGCAACCAUCGAGAUCGAUAAUCCGCAAAAGGAACGUGAUUCAUGUAUCAACAAUAAAAAAAUCAACGGCUAAAAUUUUACAAUAUUAUGACAGAUUUGACUAUUAUUUUGUAAAAAAAAAAAAUUUGACUUAAAUUUUUUAUUUUUGAUUAAUACACUAUAUUUACUUUUUUUUAUCGAUCGUCGCAUUACAGAAACUCUUCUAACACAGGUAUCAAAUUUUCCAACUCAAGAUCGUCUACCAUAAGUGGUCAUAAAAAUUUAACAAAUAGCUUUUUUUUUUAAUCUUGAUUACUAUUUUGUCAAAAUCGAAAGUUUAAAAUAAAUCGACUAACUGCGGCCAAGCACCAUCCAAUGAUUCCCAAACUCUGUCAAAAUCAAAAAGAGUCUGCAAGUUCAACUUCUACUCCUCCCUAACCUUCCCCGACAACGUACGUAACCCUCCUUUCAUUGUUUGUCGUUCGAUCUAAUUAACUAACUAACUAACUAAUUAAUUAAUAUUACGCAACCCUAUAUAUCAUCUAAUCACCAUUCUUAGUGUCACAAUCACAACUCCACUCACAAGAAGCAGAAGAAAGAGAAUGAACAAGCCAUGGAUCCAUCCCGCCGUCCUCCUCCUCCUCCUCUCCACCGUCGUUCCCUCAAUUACAAUCCACAAAGCCGACGCCGCGAAGGUAAUGAUGGAGUACAUCGGCGCCACAGGCUCCCCGAUCAACUUCCACGCCGUCCCGAUCCGCCCCGGCAUCAACUUCCACUUCAUCCUCGGCUUCGCCAUCGACGCCGACUUCUCCGGCAAACCACUCAACGGGAAAUUCAAACCUUACUGGGCCGAAAGCCUGACCCCGGAGUCCAUCUCGUCCCUCAAGGCCCGCCACGGCCCGACGGUGAAAGUCAUGGCCAGCCUGGGCGGAUGGAGCAUCGGUGAAAAAGUGCUCCGCUGGCGCCGGCCCAAAUCCCCGGCCCAAUGGAUCUCCAACGCCGUCUCCUCCCUACAAUCCCUCAUCGCCACCUACCACCUCGACGGCAUCGACGUCGACUACGAGACGUUCGGCCGGAGCGAGGCCGACGACGACAGCUUUGCCUACUGCGUCGGCGAGCUCAUCGCGCGGCUGAAGCGGGAGAGUUCGAUCUCCGUCGCCACGAUUGCGCCGUUCCACGCCACCGUGGCGCCCUACUUUGCUCUGUUUCGGAAGUACGGCGGGCUGAUCGACUAUGUGAACUACCAGUUUUACACGGACAAGGUGAAGAGCCCAGUGGGUUACCUGAGCGCGUUUCGGGUGCGGGCAAAGCAGUUCGGAAAGCGGAAGCUGCUGCCGAGCUACGAGGUGAAGGGGAGAGGAAUUCAGGGGGAUAGGUUUUUUGACGCACUGGCGAUGCUGGAGAGGAAUGGAUUUGGGGUGAAUGGAGUUAUGAUCUUCUCGGCGGAUGCUUCUGCUGCGGCGGAUGUUGAUUUCAAGUACGAGAAGAAAGCUCAAGCUUUCUUACUCAAUAGCACCCGUCAUUCAUAGAUGGAAAGAAAAGGAUUGGCUUUUA